CUGCCUCAUUCUUUCAUUACAUACUAGUCAAUCCAAACCCUAGCUACACACCCUUAAAAGCUACCAUUUUGUUUUUCAACACCACCAAAAUUAUUAACACGAACAAGAUCAAUAUGGAGUGCUCAUCUUCACCAUCGGUUGUUUCAGAGCUUGAAGGAGCUCUAUUGAAAGAUCCCGAUCACUUCUCUUAUUUCAUGUUAGUAGCGUUUGAGGCUUCAGGUUUGAUUCGAUUUGCCUUAUUAUUGAUUCUUUGGCCUGUGAUUCGGUUGUUGGACGUGUUAAACAUGGGUGAUGCCGGUCUUAAGCUCAUGAUUUUUGUUUCCACCGUUGGUGUUCGAGAAUCGGAGAUUGAAUCGGUGGCACGAGCAGUUUUGCCUAAGUUUUACAUGGAUGAUAUUGAUAUGGAUGGAUGGAGAGUGUUUUGUGGUCAUGAGAGAAGGUUUGUGUUUACUAAGAUGCCAAGGAUCAUGGUGGAGAGGUUUGUGAAGGAGCAUUUGAGGGCUGAUGAGGUUGUUGGGAGUGAGCUUGUGGUGAAUCGAUUCGGGUUCGUCACUGGAUUUGUUAAUGGUGAUAUCAACUCUCAUAUCUCCGGUCGAAUCUCGAAGCUGUGUGUUGAUGGCAAACCUGCUUUAGGGUUGGGAAAGCCUUCUUCAAGCUCAUCCAUUUUAAACCUAUGCAAUGAACAAUUGCACCCCCCAUUCAUGAUGACUACCAAAAAGCAGCAAGACCAUCAAAUCCUCCGUCCACUACCGGUGAUCUUCCAUGAUGGCCGCCUUGUCAAGCGCCCGACACCCUCCACCGCACUCCUAAUCCUUCUAUGGAUGCCAUUAGGCAUAUUACUUGCCUUUAUCCGCAUAACUAUCGGCUUUAUACUUCCAAUGUCUGUGAUACCAUAUGUUUCUCGUAUCUUCGGAGGCAAAAUCAUCGUAAAAGGCAAACCACCGGCGCCUCCGACCGAUGGUAAUAGCGGCGUCCUCUUUGUGUGCACCCACCGGACAUUAAUGGACCCCGUGGUCUUAGCCACCGUGCUCCAACGCAAAAUCCCAGCUGUCACAUACUCCGUUUCUCGAUUAUCCGAAAUCUUAUCCCCAAUCCCUACCGUCCGAUUAACAAGAAUCCGCCAUGUGGAUGCAGAGAAAAUCAAAGGCGAGCUCUCCAAGGGUGAUCUAGUGGUUUGUCCUGAAGGAACAACUUGUAGAGAGCCGUUUUUGUUAAGAUUCAGUGCACUUUUCGCUGAAUUAACCAACAGCAUAGUCCCGGUCGCAAUGAAUUAUAGGGUAGGAUUUUUCCAUGCAACUACUGCCAGGGGUUGGAAAGGUUUGGAUCCAAUAUUCUUCUUCAUGAACCCUAGACCAGUCUACGAGGUGACGUUCUUGAACCAGUUGCCGGUGGAGGCGACUUGCUCUUCCGGUAAGAGUCCACAUGAUGUUGCAAAUUAUGUUCAGAGAAUCUUGGCUGCCACGUUAGGGUUUGAGUGCACAAACUUUACAAGGAAGGAUAAGUAUAGAGUACUGGCUGGAAAUGAUGGAACGGUGUCGUAUACUUCGUUUGUUGAUCAGGUUAAGAAGGUGGUGAGCACUUUCAAGCCCUGUUUACACUAAGAAAUAUUUUGAUGAUCAAUAAGAUUUGUUGUGAGUUUAUCGUAUUAUUGUUUUGUAAAUUAGUUGGGCUUGUAUUCUUUUUGUUUUGUUUUUUUUUGCACAAUUAUUAUUUCUGGAAUUGUUGAAUAAUGUAAAGGGUGACUAAUGUUAAAUAGUUUUUAUCGUUAAUGUUAGUUAUCUGAUUGAGACUU